AUGGAUGGUCUGGAGGCUCAGCCCAAGAACCUAGAGUCGUUGGGCCCCAUCCCGUUUCCUAGCACGCUACGAGCUAUGCAAUCCUUUCUCGGGAGCUUGAACUACUACCGUCGCUUCAUUGAGGAUUUCGCGGUGUAUUCCGCGGUGUUGUAUGAGUUAAGAGAAUCGGAUUUCUUCGAGAUCGGCCGAUCUCAGCUUGCAGCAGGAGACGAAUGCUCCAACGAGGGUCGAUGGACGGAAGCCAAGGUUGCUUUCACUAUGCUAAAAGCUAAGAUAGCUACAUCUCCCAUGCUCAAGCAUUUCGACCCAGAUCGGUCCCCCGUAAUCGUGGUCUACGCUAGCAAGUGGGCUGUCUCAGCGGCCCUGAUACAGGAGUACGAUGGCGUUUAUCAUCCGGUUACGUUUACUAGCCGCACUUUAAAGCCUAAUGAGCUUAACUACGGAAUGGUAGAAAAAGAAGUGCUGGCGCUACUUCGUGUGUUGGAUGCAUGCUAUACUACGCUUGCCUCGCGGGAGAUCACUGUACUGACCCGACAUUCUACGUUAGCCUGGUUGAUGCAGUCUCGAGGGCUCAACGGGAGAUCAGGACGGUGGGCUGCUUUGUUGUCAAAUUGGACUAUGGAGGUGAAGAAAUGUGAAAGAGGAGAGGAAGAAAUACUGGGCAUGUCAGCAGCGAGUAUCACUCCGAGAGGAGAGGUGGAAGAGAUGCUGAUUGCGAUCUCCCCACGAAAAGACUGUCGACUCAAAAUAUCGAUGCCUCCUCCAACGGUGGAAACAGAUGAGGAGUUGCUGGUAGCCAGCACUUUCGAUUUUCGAUGGAUCGGCUAG